UUUACAUUGCUUUUUAGUCUCUUUUUAAUUUAUUUCUGUUCAUAGCAUUAUUGUUUCUUUCCUUCUCUCUAUUUUGGGUUAAGUUUGUUAUUGUGUUUCUUCUUCCCUUGAAGUACAUGAUUAUGUUAUCAAAAAUACUUCUUCCUUUUUGAUGUAGGCAUUUAUUGCUAUGGACUUCCUGCUUAGAACUGCUUUUGCUGAGUACCAUAGGUUUUGGUGUAAUGUGUUUCCUUUCAAGUUUGUCUCAAGGAGUUUUUUAAUAUUUCUUUUCGGUUCCAUUCACUCUUGGCGCCGUCCGGGGAGGUGUGUUGGAGCCAUGGCUUCUGCCAACCCCUGGGACCCGGCAUCGGCGCCAAACGGUGCUGGGCUACUGUUGAGCCACUUCGUAGCUUCAGGGAUAGUCACUCAGAAAAACCUGGAAAUUGAACUCCUGAAACUAGCAAAGGAUACAGCAGAUAUUGUUCAUCCUUUCUUUUUGGCUCAGAAGUGUCAUACUCUGCAAAGCAUGAAUAAUCAUUUGGAAGCAGUGCUAAAAGAGAAGAGGUCCCUCAGGCAAAGACUGUUGAAACCCAUGUGCCAGGAAAACUUACCUAUUGAAGCUAUUUAUCACAGAUAUUUGGUACAUUUGUUGGAGUUGGCUGUGACUUUCAUUGAGAAAUUAGAAAGCCAUCUUGAAACAAUUAGAAAUAUCCCUCAUUUAAAUACAAAUCUAAAGAAAAUGAGCAAGGCUUUUGCAAAGAUGGAUGUUUUGGUGACUGAGACAGAAGAACUAGCAGAGAAUAUACUCAAGUGGCGAAAACAACAAAAUGAAGUUUCUUCUUGUAUCCCCAAAAUAUUAGCUGAAGAAAAUUAUCUUCAUAAACAUUACAUUAUUAUGCCUCCUUUACCUUUUACUUCUAAAGUUCAUGUCUAAACUGUUAUUGCCAAGUGAUCAUCAAUUUUAUUUUUGCUUAAUUAUAUAUAGUCAUAUAUAAAGUCUAUUUCUAAU